CUGUUGUGAGCGUCGCGACGUCUCGAAUUAAAAUAAUUUCACGAAAGCGCGGAUAUUUUGAAAGUACGCAAAAAUCAUACAGCUUGAACUUUUUUUCUUCUUCGGUGGUUAGUGGUUGAGAAUUUUUUCUGGUGUGGUGUUAUAUUUGAUUGAUUGGAGGGUAGUGGUUUCACGUGCGUUUUUAGGUUGUUUUGGGGAAACGUUGGGAAGUUAUUAAGGCAGUUGCAGUAUAUUUCUAGCCUCUUCUGGUCAGUUAAGAUUUUUGGACUUUAAAUUGGCUCCAGAACGUUUGAACUCUUAGCUCCUAACAGAAUGUCAAAUAUACGAGAAAAAUGGAAGGAAAAUAGUGGCACAAUGUAAGGAUGCAUACAAAAUGGCAACUUGGAUAGUAUAUUUUUCACGCAAGCAAAGUAAUGGAUUCUGCGGCAUUUUUAAACUAUGGAUGUGUAAACUAUGUUGAAGUCAGUAAAGCCAUAUUUUGAAACAAUUCGAGCGAGACUUCUAAGUACCAAGCAAAGUCUCCCGCUGUUGCUAUAGUAAUGCCGGGCCCCCCUCUCCUCGUCGCAGAUCAUGCUUCCCCCAUGCACUGCCAAUGGCAUUCUACGUCGUAACGAGCGCCCUCUACUGUCACCACGUUGCCAAAUUGUCCUGGUCAUUAUUUUCUUAUUUGUGGUGGUGACUGGACAAGAGGCCAGAAACGGACCGCCUAGGUAUAGUUCCCGCAUCGUCGAGAUCGAAACUGGCGCCAUCCGUGGCGUUAUUUUGGAAUUAAAUUCCAGACAUUUGGAGCCCGUUGAGGUUUUUCGUGGUGUACCUUACGCUGCACCCCCAGUGGGUCCUCUGAGAUUUCAACCCCCGCAGCCCCCACUUGCAUGGCCUGGAACACGACUGGCAGAUAGUUUUGGGGCGGUUUGUCCACAGAAGUAUCCAGAUAUUGCUAACAAAACAGCGGCUUUACAAUUCAUGCCCAAAGGGAGAUAUCACUACUUGAAGAAGCUGAUCCCGUUGCUGGUUAACCAGUCGGAGGAUUGUUUGUUUUUAAACAUAUAUGUGCCAGGAAGUGGUAAUAGAGGAAUAGAAGCUCCUUACGCUGUCCUGGUCUUUGUGCACGGAGAGAGUUUUGAGUGGGGGGCAGGUCACCCUUAUGACGGCAGCGUAUUGGCUUCUUAUGGUCACGUGAUUGUUGUGACUUUGAAUUAUCGCUUAGGUGUAUUAGGUUUUCUGCGAACAAAAUCGAGCAGCGAUCCUCGUGCUCCAGACAGCGGAAAUUUCGGAAUUAAAGACGUCUCUGCCGCCCUGCGUUGGGUCAAGGUCAAUAUUGGAGCGUUCGGAGGUGAUCCUACUAGAGUCACUCUUAUUGGACACGACACGGGAGCGGCCAUUGCGAAUUUACUAUUUUUGUCUCCCACCUCGAAGGGGCUUUUUCGCAGAAUUAUGCUUCUAAGUGGAACAGCCUUAAGUCCAUGGUCUACAAUUCACAAUGCUGAUAACCUGAGGGUAAAUAUUGGAAAGCAGAUGGGUUGUCUGCCUCAAGAUGCCAGAGGGGAUGACAAUGAAGAUAUUGCUGCUUGUAUGAGAUCCAGACCUCUGCAAGCACUCCUGGACGUAGCCUUAGAAAAUGUCAGAUUCAUGCCUCGAAUCGCACCAUCUCUACCUCUGGACUCAGAAUCAACCGAUCCCAGUUUUGCCAUGGAACAUGCUAGUGACACUUUCAUCACUUGUGAGGUAAUGCUGGGCAUUACCACCACUGAAAGUUACGCCGACUUUAACGCCAACGAUAUCCAGUAUGGAUUCGAAGAGGAUCAACGUAACCGGAUAUUGCGGACUUACAUUAGAAACACUUACGUGUAUCAUUUAAAUGAAAUCUUUAGUGCGGUAAGGAACGAGUAUACGGACUGGGAUAAGCCGAUUCCACAUCCGAUAAACAUAAGGGACUCUACCAUGGAGGCUUUAAGUGAUGGACAUACGGUUGCGCCGAGUGUUAGGGUCGCUUAUUUGCAUGCCCGACGUGGUGCCAAGACUUAUUUUUUUCAUUUUGGGUAUCAGACGAAGGAUAGUGAUUAUCCACAGCGCCUUGGUAGUAUUAGAGGCGAGGACCUCACCUAUAUUCUCGGCCAACCUCUAGUGGGAGGAUUUCCUUACUUUCCCCAAAACUACUCCAGACAAGACAUGGGAGUAUCAGAAGCCUUAUUAAAUUUCGUCAGUAAUUUUGUCAAAACUGGAGAUCCGAACAUACCGGGACUUCAUAAGGAAGUACCUGAUUAUGGUACGCCAAAGGAAAAAACCAGAUAUAGAGGACUCACUUGGGACCCUUAUGAGAUUGGUACGCAGUUCUACCUUAGCAUAACUCAAAAACCAAAAAUGAAAAGUCACUACCGUGGUCAUAAGAUGGCGGUAUGGUUAAACCUAAUCCCACAACUCCACCAACCUGGGGACGACGAUGUUAACAUGAGGCAUCAUCAUUUUUAUGAAAGAGAGCCUCAUUAUUAUGCAGGCGCUGUCAGAGCCGAAUCCUACACCCGUCUCCCGCCGUUGAUGCAUCCCGCAUCGAUGACAGAUUCGCAGAUGAUCGGUGGUAAUUCCGGUCCGGUUAACACCGAAUGCGUGCCACAAACCACUGCCACUGAUGAGGGGAGAGAUGUUGCCGAUGACAUUGAACCAGAUGAUGAGGAAGCAAGUGAGGAACUACUCGAACGCCUCGCCUCAAGACACUACUAUAGCUACACAGCUGCUUUGGGAGUGACAGUUGGAGUUGGCUGCCUACUUUUAGUACUCAACAUGUUAAUUUUUGCUGGAAUUUAUUAUCAGCGAGAAAGAGAUCGAAGAAGACAAAACAACGGUCGCUCAAAAGUAUCCAGAGAUGACAGAAGUAACUCAACUCCUUCCACUGAAGAGACGAUUCCUAUGUCGCAAAGGCCAAGCACCCCAGGAAGUAGUGCGAGGCAAUCUCCCCUUAUUUGUAGGAGAGACCAGGAACUUAUGGAAAUGUCCAUUAGUUAUAACACAAUCCCUAGAAGCCAAAACUUUCAUCAUGCAACAUCAGGCCUAGCAUCAGCCAGCAGCACCCUAAAAAAAGAAAAACCGCCACCCCCGGUACGUACGUCAAGCAACCCCGCACCGCCCCCUCACUCUAAUACUGGAACCAUCAAAAAACGAGUCCAGAUCCAAGAGAUCACCGUAUAGCAUUCGGACGAGUCGGACCGUCAAAGUGCCAGACCAGAACGUCACAUUAAGUUUGACAAGUCCUGUCACUUUGACAGUCCGACCAAAGGGCGUGUCACGUCCAAGCCGGACGUCACGCCUGAAGAUAAAGUGGAACAAGUUGAAACGGUGUCGUUGGACCAGUGCGAUUUGGUCAGUGUGAGGUUAUAACAGCAAAGUGGUUUAAUAUUGGUGGUUGUUAAUGAAUAAUUCGGUUGUGACACAAUUAGUGAUUGAAGACUAACAUUUUUUCAGGUUUUGAAAAUGGUUCUAGGAAAUGUCUAAAGGCGAUAGGGGAAGUUAUUUAGGUGGUAUUUAGGUGUGAACAUGAAAAGCAUAGUUCAACAAAUCAAUUUUUAAUUUGAAAAUUUAAGAUGAAUUUUUAGAAAUGUUUUAUUUUUAUCCCAACUAUCAAAUACAAAUAUUGAAUGCAUUUUAUCAACUAUGUUUCAAGGUCAGUUGGGCAACCAGAAUUUGUAAGGACACAUGCUUGAAAUUUCUUUGAAAUUUAUUGUCAGCAUAUUAGUAAUGAUCAUAUUAAAUGCUUUAAAAGUCACUUGAUGAUGAAUCAGGAGAAUUAGAUGACUAUUAGUCAGUUCCACAGAGAAUCCCAAGAUUGGUUGGCCAAUCAGAAUAUAUUAAAACAUGUGCUUGCUUCCUUGGUCAAGAAGAUUUCUGCCAUGUUUUACUCUAAUUCUUAACUAUAAUAAUUCUAAACUAAUAUUUCACUCUUAAACAGUCUAUUAAAAUAAUUAAUAUUAUACGUUGAGAUCAAACUCCUAAAAGACUGAUAUUAAAAGAUUAUGUAUUAGAGAUCAGAUAAUUCCAGGUAAAGUUCCUCUAGAAAUUUUCACUGGGAUUUCUUCCUUGGUCACUUUAUUUCCAGACUUUUUGAAGAAGACCUUGUCAAAAACUCAUUUUGAAUCUUAUAAUAUAUAUAUUCUCACGUCUAGGUAUUGACAUUUGCAGGGUUCUUUGAGGUGAAAAGUUUUAAAACUAGCUAUUUUAGGACCCCUGGAACUAAUAAAUUAAAAAGAGUAUCUAAAAAUUUUUAUUUGAAAAUAGAUAUAACCUCUUUCACGGUCACGAAACUUGGAACUCAAAAAAAGAAGGAAAGCGAGAGACUUUGGUCCUCGAUCACCUACUGUGUGAUUAGUUGGGCUACUAAAAAGAAAAAUCUUUUUUUUAAGAGAAGUAACUAUGAGACAUAUAAGAAUAAGCAUUAUUGAAUUUUUAUUUAAUAAUUUUAAGACUAUAAUAACUUCUUCUAUUGAACCUUCCUAAUUAUCUGAAUGUAUAACCGACUAAACUACAGCAUGUAAAAGUGAGUUUCAAUUGUAUAUGUAGAAAAAUCUUGUUGAUGUAUAACUGUAAUUUUUCAGAAAAUAUGUUAAUUACUUAAAGGGGUUAAUUUACU